CUUCUUAUAGAGCUCCCCUCUCCAUAUCUCAGGUUACUUGUGUGGAGACCUGCAGCUAUAGAAGACACAUCCAGCCCCAGAGCCUGGAUUGGGCAGACCUUGCCUUGACAUAGCAGAGUGUGCUGAGUGCUGCAGGACGUGUUUCAACAGAUGGUUGGGGUUAGAGUGUGUCAUCACGUUGGAGUGGGGAUUAGAGCAGGGAGCCUGCAUUGCUGGAGCUGUGUGGUCUUCUGCAAGUGAAGGGGAGACACCAGGAGAGCUUCUUCAGGAAAAACAAAAGCUUGGACCUAUCACCACUGGGAGUCCCCAUAUUAUGACAAAAUCAUGGUCUUCAUAAAGAAGUUAUUCCUUGUUGAUAGACAUCUUUAACCAAAUGAUAAAAUUAGUGACCACUGCAUCCAAAAGUGUCUACCAAGACCAGUUUAUACCGAGAAAAAAAACAGAGGAGGCAAGCUGCAGAUUGCCUACAAAUAGGAGAAGCGACAACAUCAUCCGCUCACAUUGAAUCAACCUGCAGGUCUACGAUGAAGUAUUACUGUUUUGCACUUGUCAUCAUGCUACUGCCAGCAAGCUAUUGUACGUCGGUGAAGGCACCAAGGCUUAGAGGACGGAUUGCACCAGAUAGGAGAAAUAUUAGACCGAAUAUUAUCCUUGUCCUCACGGAUGACCAGGAUGUGGAAUUAGGAUCGUUGCAGGUGAUGAACAAGACCAGGAAAAUCAUGGAAGAAGGAGGUGCACAUUUUAUCAAUGCCUUUGUGACCACUCCUAUGUGUUGUCCAUCCCGCUCUUCUAUGCUAACUGGGAAAUACGUCCACAACCACAACAUUUAUACGAACAACGAAAACUGCUCCUCCCCUUCUUGGCAAGCCAUACAUGAACCUCGCUCCUUUGCAGUUUAUCUCAAUAAUACAGGAUAUAGGACAGCAUUUUUUGGAAAAUACCUCAAUGAGUAUAAUGGAAGCUACAUACCACCGGGCUGGAGAGAAUGGCUGGGACUGGUCAAGAACUCCCGUUUUUAUAACUAUACAAUAUGCCGGAAUGGAUACAAAGAAAAACACGGAUUUGAAUAUGAAAAGGACUACUUCACAGAUCUUAUCACCAACGACAGCAUUAGUUACUUUAAACAGACCAAAAGGAUGUACCCGCAUCGGCCUGUUAUGAUGGUCAUAAGUCACGCUGCACCACACGGGCCGGAGGAUUCUGCACCACAAUUUUCUGAGCUCUUCCCAAAUGCUUCGCAGCAUAUAACUCCAAGCUACAACUAUGCGCCAAAUAUGGACAAACAUUGGAUCAUGCAAUAUACCGGGGCCAUGCUACCAAUUCACAUGGAGUUUACAAAUGUGCUUCACAGGAAGAGAUUGCAGACACUUAUGUCUGUGGAUGAUUCAAUGGAGAAGCUGUACAACAUGCUGGUUGAAACUGGAGAACUGGAAAACACUUACAUAAUCUAUACAGCCGACCACGGUUACCACAUAGGACAGUUUGGCCUGGUGAAAGGAAAGUCCAUGCCAUACGACUUUGAUAUCCGAGUCCCUUUCUUUAUUCGUGGUCCAAAUGUGGAGCCGGGUUCAAUUGUGCCUCAGAUUGUGCUGAACUUGGAUAUCGCUCCCACUAUUUUGGAUAUUGCGGGUUUGGAUACUCCUCCUGACAUGGAUGGGAAGUCUGUUCUUUCUUUGAUGGAUAUAGAGAGACCAGGAAAUAGAUUUCGGACAAGUAAAAAGCCCAGGGUCUGGAGAGAUACAUUCCUGGUGGAAAGAGGAAAGUUUAUCAGAAAGAAAGAAGAACCAAACAAAACUACUCCCCAAUCUAAUCAUUUGCCAAAAUAUGAGCGUGUGAAGGAGCUGUGCCAGCAGGCUCGAUACCAGACAGCUUGUGAACAGCCGGGCCAGAAGUGGCAAUGCAUAGAGGAUAUAUCUGGAAAACUACGGAUUCACAAGUGUAAAGGAUCUGCAGAUGUUUUAUCACUAAGGAAAAGAACACGAAGCAUAAACUCAAGGGGCUAUGGAAGCAAACACAAAGACUGUAUCUGCCCAGAUACCGAUUAUAGGACAAGUAAAAACCAAAGGAAAAAACAGAGGAUUUUCUUGAGAGCUUCCAAUUCUAAGAGAUUCAACCCGCGUUUCGUUCACACACGUCAAGCACGUUCUUUGGCUGUUGAAUUUGAAGGCGAAAUCUAUGAUAUAAGCUUGGACGAUGAGGACAACGUGCAGGCUUCACGGGCCAAAAGGCAUUACACCUCUGAAGAGGAUGCAGAGGAAAAUGACGAUGAUGAAGAAGAGUACGAUGAAGAUACAUUCACGACCCCAAGUGAGGAUGACGUUAUGGUGGCUGAUGGGGUUAUGGAAACCAGUCAUUCCGCAUCUGUUCUGGUCACACACAAAUGUUACAUCCUUGCCAAUGACACAGUACACUGUGAGAGGGAACUGUACCAUUCAAGCAGAGCCUGGAAGGACCACAAAGCUUACAUUGACAAGGAGAUUGAAGCCUUACAAGACAAAAUAAAAAAUUUAAGAGAAGUAAGAGGACAUUUGAAGAGAAGUAAGCCAGAUGAAUGUGACUGUAGCAAGUCUGGGUUUUACAAGAAGGUUAAAGGUGUUAGGACUCAGGAUAAGAUAAAGAGCCAUCUCCAUCCAUUCAAGGAAGGCAUUCAGGAGGUUGACAACAAGUUACAGAUCUUUAAGGAAAACCGUAGACGGAAAAAGGAAAGAAAGGAAAAGAAACGUCAGAAGAAGGGAGAAGAGUGCAGCCUCCCGGGACUUACAUGCUUCACUCACGACAAUAACCACUGGCAGACGGCUCCUUUCUGGAAUUUGGGGUCUUUCUGUGCCUGUACAAGCUCCAAUAAUAACACAUAUUGGUGUCUGAGAACCAUCAAUGAGACUCAUAAUUUUCUGUUCUGUGAAUUUGCUACUGGAUUCUUGGAAUAUUUUGAUAUGAACAUCGACCCAUAUCAGUUAACAAAUUCUAUACAUACAGUGGAGAGAGGGGUAUUGAAUCAGCUUCACAUACAGCUGAUGGAGCUAAGAAGCUGCCAAGGUCAUCGACAAUGCAACCUAAGGCCGAAAGGAUUAGAAACAGAGGACAACUAUGGGACGGAUGGGAAGGUUAACCUGCCAAAUUUCACAGAGGAUGUUGACUGGAAAGGACUGGAAGAUUUGUACCGCGUAAAUGAAAGCUUGUAUGGCUACAGAAACAACUACAGGCUUAGUCCGGAUGACUGGGCUAAUUACUUGAAGGAUGUAGAUAGAAUUUUUGCACUGCUGAACAGUAUCCCUAAAAAAAAUACAGCAAAUACAACUGUGGUUGAACGAAUAUCUGGGCCUUCUGAUACGACAACUCUAGUGGAAAUGUCCUCUGCUGAUUCUGAAGACGAAUUUAGUGGUGUAGUUGCAGAAGAAAGGGAACCUAAAAUAGAGUCCAACUUUGGUAUCUUGAAUUUGAGCACAGUGAUAUUUAAUCACAAGAAAAAACUUGAAUUAAAUAAUGAUAUUCAUGGGAGAAAAAAAACUAACCAGUCACACUGGGUCAAGAAUAAAACUGAAAAAUUGAAAGACCAUGUAAAUUUAGAUACUUAUGAAAUGGAUUUCAGUGGUAAUGGGUUCAUGGAACUAGAAUCCAAACAUUCUUUAAAUAUUCAGACUAUAAGUUAUCUCCCAACAGAAUCCCAACAGCAUCUCAGUCAUGCAAGUGAAGAUAUUUUUAAAGAUCAGAUCUACCUUCCCAUUGACUCCAUAACUCAACAGAAAGGCAAGGUCUCAGCGGCAGGUCAGGUAUACGAUUACGAAGAUCAAGAAAGCACAGAAGUCAGAUCUACAAAAAUGUCUCCAGAUGAGAGUAACACAAACUUUAAUGUAGAAGGCAGUGCCUGAACCCUGGUUUAUUAUGACUAAGCUACACGCAUGACAACACAAAAAACAGCGCUCAACAAUUUGUGGCACUUGACAUUCCAGAUUUGGUAUUCGUAACCGUUUUUAUUUUUAUCGGAUCAUAAUUCGCAGAUGGUUUUGCCCGUAUCUUGUUGUUACCUACAUCACCGCAUCACAAAGUUUUACUUUUAUACCAUGUUGUUAACACGUUUCUUUUUUAAUUUUCUGUU